GCUCAAAGAGCCCUGCGGACCGCGCUACGCGUUCGGGCGUAUUCGCGCUGCCGCGCGACCGGUGAUGGCGAAGCCUACAACUGAGACCUUGACGAUUUCAGAUGGAAGUACCAUGGAGAUCACUCGCUUGCCCGACAUCGAUGAUGCCACAUGGACGGAGGUGAAGCAGUACGUGCAAAGCAGCCCUGAGACGGCCAAAUCUUUGCAGACCUUUGCCACGAACCCGGAGGCGAUGAGGGGCUGGCUGCAGACCCAAGCGAUUGCAGAGCAUUACAAUUCGAAGCUCGCAACGGGUGAUGCUCCUGUGCAGGACAAGGUGAAAUCCUUGGAACACGACCCCGAGCUUCAGGAGAUGUUCGAGGACAUCAAAAAGAACGGCAUGGAAGCUGCUAUGAAGUACUACCAGGAUGAAGAACUGAUGCAAAAGAUCUCUCAAAAGAUGGGAGGCCUUCCCGCCGAUCUCCAACCCGUGCUGCGGCAGAUCGAGGAAACACCUCUCACGCUCCACGAGGCUGCGAAGAAUGGCAACCUCGCCGCCGUCCAGGACUUCCUUCAGAAAAAGAAACCCUUGGACUCACAGGAUCACAAGGGCAUUACUGCUCUGGGCUACGCCAUUGGCACCAACCGCAUCGCUGUGGUGAAGCUGCUGUUGGACAGCCGGGCCAACCCCUACGCCGUUGACAGCAACGGCAACAGUGGCUUGCACUAUGCUGCGGGCUACGGCCGCAAGGAGCUCCUGGAGUAUUUGUUGAAGGCGGGCCUCAAUGUGAAUCACGUCAACGCACAAGGACAGACACCCCUGACUGUGGCGCAGAUGAACAAACAGGAGGCUGCCAUCACCUUCCUCCGGGCCAACGGUGCGCAGUGAAGGGUGGCCACGAUGGAUCGCGGCGAGCGAUCGAGCGAGGCGAGUGAGGCGCCCGACUGGUCGGGGGCCGGACUGGAGGUCGUUGGACUGUUGGACUGCG